UGAUUGUAAUCAAUCAAACGGAGACUCAGAUUGGUGACAAUUAGUUAAUGUGAAACUUGAUUGUGUAAACGAAACUGAUUAAUUUCCCCUCGAUUAUGUUAAUUGUUACAACAAAUUAACUAUCAGAGAUUAAUUGUCACGUUAAUUGUGAACAUAAUCAUGAACAAAAUGGCCUCGAAACGCAAAUGGUCAAUCGUUAGUCGGUUGAUGACCAUUGAAAAUAUUUUGUAUCUUUUAUGUGGAUUGUGUUGUUUGUAUCAAAUUAAAUUCAUCGUAAUUAAGUAUUUGUCCUUUGAUUAUAUCACUCGAAUCCACUCAUUUGUACCUGAUCGAACACCUUUACCUGAUUUAGUUUUUUGCAUUCGAUUCAUUGAACUAAUCAAUGUAACUAAAUUCAUCUCUAAUUAUCCUGAUUUAACUCGUACUCUGAAUGUGACCAAUGAACAUGAUUAUAUUCACUUAAUCCGAUCAUCUCCUGAUCGAGUGACAGAUUUAAUCUCAUCAAGUUUAACAAUUAAACAAUUGACUCAACUUUUAUAUCCAAAGGAGCAAAUUAUCAAUAAAAUCACAGUAAUUGACAGAGAUUCAAAAUCAGAGAGUGAUUUAUGUUUAAUUAAAUCAUUUUACAUCUCAAUCUCUUUCUGUAUAUUGACCGCUUGCUCUUACCGAGGUCAAGUGUCCACUAACAUUUCAAUGUCUGACCAUCACUCGGCUGCAAUACCUUUUUUUAUGGUUGAAAUUAACAAUAAAUACUUGGAUAUUGGUCAAUCCUUUGGACUGACCCUUGUCCCUCCAAAUACUUUACCUUGGGAAAAAGAUCAACGUUGGCUUGACCUCGACACGAUGAGUGGACCUUACACAUUUACGAUCAUAUUUACGAUGUUUUUACAAAGUCUCCUUCCGCCUCCAUAUCAAUCACAGUGUCACAAUUAUCGGGACGAUGGUCACGUUAGCCAAGCUGAGGCUCGUAACGAUUGUCUCAAUCGUCACUCAUUAAGUGAACUAGGGGUCAACUUUGAUUCCGCCGUUAUCGCAGACAAUUUGGACCAAUAUUUUGCACGGAAACUUUUAGCAAACAAUUCGCAGUCAAAGUUUGUCAAACUAAUCAGUCGUGUGGCCGAUUCGUGUAUUCAAUUAACCUCAAAAAUUGAUUGUUCAUUUAUCUCUUAUCCAAUUCAGGAAUAUGAUAAAUUUUACACGGGCUCGAAUAUGACCUACAUUGUCCUUGAACAAAUUCGAGAGCCAGUGUUUACUGUUUCAGUUGAACCUCAAUGACUUUCUCUGAUUGUUGUAUUUCAAUUGGAAGCAUAUUGGGAGCUUGGUUUGGAUUCUCUAUCAGUUAUCACUUUCCCUUAAUUGUUACUAAAUUUUGGCGCAAAUUUAAAGGUCAUCUCGUUAGACGAAGACAACGUAAUCAAAAAAUGAACAAACAACAAUCAUCAGCAAU